AUGUCUUUUUCAAAACUACUACUUGCAACUUUGGUUGCGCUGGCAAUCCCAGUUCAAGCCAUUCCUCAUCUUCAAAACCAUGACCAAGCUUGCUGCCCAUGCCCAGCAUCCACAUCAGCCAUCACUAUUACCAUCCCAGGAGAGACCAUCACCGUCACUCUGGCCCCUCCGCCAGCCCAAACAGUGACUGUCAUUCUCCCAACACCACCCACCGAGGAAACCAUCCUCCAGACAGUUACAGUUAUCCCACGACCAAGCUUGGUCGCUGAACCACCCAUAAUCUAUUCAGUGCCUCCCCUUGUCCAGACCGUGACAUUCUCAUCACCAAACCCGCCCCCGCGUGUGGUCCGCCUCCCGUCAACAGUCACCCUGACUCAAUACCCCCCUGAACCGACGACAACCACAUCUUCCCCCCCAAUCGAGUCAACAUCAUCCCAGGAAUACGUCACUGUAACUAUCACCGCCAACACCCAGCCAUCAUCAUCCACUUCCGAACCCGAGGAACUCUUGCCCCCCUUCACAUUCACUCCCUACAAUGCUUCUAAACCAAUCACCUCCUCUUCCACUACCACCAUCCCCCAAACCUUCAUCUUCACCCCCUACAACCCACUCCAGCCAUCAAUCUCGACCUCCAUCAGCACCCACACCUCAACCUCGACCCUGCCAUCUUCCCCGCCAACACUCCCGGUGUCAGAUGAAAGCGACAGUGACAGUGACAGUGACAGUGACAGUGACAGCGACAGCGAGGACGAGAAGGUGGAGGACAUCCAAUCAGCAGGCUGCACCACCGGCACAUCCACCAUCCUCUCCACCACAAGAGUGACAGUCUACAACACCGUCACGAGGACGGUAUACCCUCUUUCCUCUCUUCAAACCAUCAGCAGCACCGUGACGGGUAUCAACGGAUAG